CUGACUCGGUCUGGCAGUGGAAAAGAAACACGUCAGUAGAGUCCAUCGGUGACCAACAUUUCAGUUCCAUUCAUUGUGCAGUCGCUAUACGUUGUAUACAUAUUAAAGAAUUUUUGGCAAAGUUGGAUCAGGUACAGUAGUUUUCCAAUUUUUUUUCGCCGGAAACUUCUGAGUGUCGAGCCAUUAGCAUACUGAAAUGCUGCCUAGGUGGAGCUGUCUCGGUGGAUAUUGUUCCAUAUGGAUUCUAGCCGCGAUGUUGAUAUGCUUCCUGCAGCUAAGUGCAGGCGCUGCCGUCAUGUCGGUGGAUCUGGGCAGUGAAUGGAUGAAAGUGGGUGUCGUAUCACCGGGUGUUCCGAUGGAGAUUGCCCUGAACAAGGAAUCCAAACGAAAAACGCCAUCAGCGAUCGCAUUCCGCGGCAGCGAUAGAGUGGUCGGAGAGGAUGCCCAAACGAUUGGGGUUCGUUUUCCUGCGAACAGUUUUGCCUACCUGAUCGAUUUGCUAGGCAAAACGAUUGACAACCCGAUGGUGGAACUGUACAGGAAACGUUUUCCACACUACGAUAUCGUGGCGGAUCCAAAGCGUAAAACCGUGGUAUUCAAGAUUGGCGAGGAACAAUACACCAUCGAGGAGUUGAUGGCACAAAUUCUACAAGUGGCCAAAGAGUAUGCUGAGGAUUCCACUGGUCAAACUAUAACAGAAUCUGUUAUCGUGGUUCCCGCUUUUUUCGGACAGGCUGAAAGGCAGGCGCUGCUCUCGGCUGCUAAACUUGCCAAUCUGAAGGUUCUGCAGCUGAUUAACGAUUAUGCUGCCGUGGCACUAAACUACGGCAUCUUCAGACGGAAGGAGUUCAAUGAAACGGCUCAAUAUUUCGUAUUUUACGAUAUGGGCGCCUACAAGACUACGGCAUCGGUUAUUAGCUACCAGCUUGUCAAGGACAAGGUGACUCGCGAGAUUUUACCGGUAGUUCAAGUGCUUGGAGUUGCCUACGAUCGGACACUGGGAGGACUUGAGAUGCAGGUUCGUCUGCGAGACUUUCUCGGUGAAGAGUUCAACAAAAUGGGCAAAACCAAAACUGACGUGUUCACUAACCCGAGAGCAAUGGCAAAAUUGUUCAAGGAAGCCGGGCGUCUGAAGAAUAUACUUAGCGCCAAUACCGAAUACUACGCACAGGUUGAAGGUUUGCUCGAUGAACAAGAUUUCCGCCUGCUAGUGACCCGUGAACAGUUCGAACUUCUCUGCAAGGAUUUAUACGAACGGGUAACAGCUCCACUCGAGCGAGCACUCUCUUCCUCGGGUCUUUCGAUGGAUAUCAUUAAUCAAGUUAUACUGUUUGGUGGUAACACGCGUGUUCCUAAAAUACAAGAUGUUUUGAAAGCCUACAUCAAACAAGAAUUGGCGAAAAAUAUAAAUGCUGAUGAGGCGGCUUGUAUGGGCGCAGUAUAUCGUGCGGCGGAUCUCGCAACCGGCUUCAAGGUGAAGAAAUUCGUAGUCAAGGAUGCAGUAUUGUUCCCAAUUCAAGUUGUCUUCGAACGGGAAGGUGAAAGUGGCAAUACUCGGCUCGUUAGAAGAACACUAUUCAACGCAAUGAAUUCCUACCCCCAGAAAAAGGUAAUCACUUUUAACAAACAUACCGACGACUUCGAAUUCUCCGUAGACUACGCUGAUUUAGAGACCGUCUUAGGAAAGGAGGAAACCGCAAAUAUGGGUUCGUUGAACAUAACCAGAGUCAGCCUAACGGAAGUAUCGAAAAAGUUGGAUGCAAACAAAGCUGAAAACGUAGAGUCGAAGGGAAUCAAAGCGCAUUUCGCGCUGGAUGACUCUGGUCUGUUCCAACUGGCAAAUGUGGAAUUAGUUCUGGAGAAAACGGUGAAUGGUGAUGACGAAAGCACACUACAGAAGCUGGGUAACACAAUCAGCAAACUAUUUUCGGGAGAUUCCAGUGAGGAUAAACCUACAACCGACGAAGUUCCUAAAGAGGAUGGCACGAAAGAGACAAAGCCGGUUGACAGUAACAAAACCGAAGAAAGCAUCUCAUCUAACGAUACGAAGCCGGAAAAUGCAACCAAGCCAAAACUGGUGACAAUCAAAGAACCCAUCCCGUUCAAGGUAGAGUUGGUUUACGUUAAUCCGCUGGACGAAACCGAAUUCGAAAAUUCACUCAAAAAAAUCAAACUGCUCAACGAAAUUGAUCAAGCCAAGAAGCGCCGUGAAACGGCACUAAAUGCAUUGGAAAGUUUUGUCAUCGAUGCCCAAGUUAAGCUGGACGAGGAAGAGUACGCCUCCUGCGCUACUCAGGAAGAAUCUGACUCGAUUCGGGCGUCCUGCCUGAAGAUCUCGGAUUGGUUGUAUGAGGACGGCGCCGAUGCUGAUGCCGAGACAUACGAGAAUAAGCUGGAAGAGUUACGCGCCGUCGCCAAUCAGGUUUACGCCCGCCACUGGGAACAUAAAGAACGACCGGAAGCUUUGGGUGCGCUGAAACAGAUGAUCACGGGAGCCGAGGGUUUCCUGGACAAGGCGAAAAAUUUUACCAAGGAGGGGAAUCCAGUGAAGGAUGUCUUCACGCAGGUCGAAAUCGACACGUUGGAUCGUAUUAUCAGGGAAACCAUUGAGUGGCAAGGAACGGAAGUGGCAGAGCAGAAAAAACUUCCCAAGAAUGCACCCGUCAGGUUGACAGUGAAAGAUAUUACGGAUAAAAUGGCAAUGCUAGAUCGUGAAGUAAAGUAUUUAGUUAACAAAUUGAAACUGUGGCGGCCGAAGGUUAAACCAACUGCUCCACCGAAACCGGAUAAGAACGAUACUGAGGCUGGGGGAGAAGAACAAAGCUCAGAAGAAGCAACCGAUAAUGCGGAACCGGUUGAGCAAGCGGCUGAAGAAACGCCGAAUGAUAGCAGCGAAAAUUCAAGCGAAGAACAGACAGUCGAAGAGAUGAUCGAACCCAGUAAAACGGAGAGUAAUAACACUGAACAGCAUACAGAACUGUAGACAAAACAGCAUUAUUAGUAGCACAAAUGAAUUCAUCUCUAUAGCCCGGUUCGUUUUAGUUUAGGUAUUUAUUUUACGUGACCAAUUCCCAUCCUGAGUUCCACGUUUUGCAUCUUCUCCGUAGCUGGGAUAUGGAUUGUUUAAAAUUUGAAAAGCUCUGGAUAUAGCAUUGGGGCAGCAAAGGAUAAGGCCUAGUGAUUGACCAUUCCGUAGGAACAAUGUUUUCUAUUCGUAUGAAAAUAGAUAUAUGAGACGAACAGCUCCUUGAUACAUUGUCGCUAAAUGAUUGCCACUCGGUGGGUUACUAAAAUACAGGAAGAACGUGGAGUCGAGUUGGAAGAAAGUGGAACGAAAAAUAUGUUAGUAUGAUAAAAAUAAACGACUGAGAAGCAACCUGAUGCGAUGAUUAUUGAGUUAGAACAACCGAGUAAGUAAUAUUAAAAGUGUGAUUCCUA